AUGGGAACCGUGCUGAGCAUCAGCCCCAAAGACCGCAAGUCCGUGUACCCGGCCAUGGCCAGCAGCGCCAGCGCGGCCGAGUUCACACUCAGCAGCUUCACAUACGAGCAGUUGACCAAGCGCCGGCACGCCGACGUCAUGGCCGGCCGUAGCAUAUCCAUGAUGCUGCCGGCCAAUAUAAACAUAAACACCAUCAACAACAACAUCAUCAACAACAACAACAAUCACAACAAUCACCACCACAACAAUAACAACUCGGAGAACAACUGUAAGACGGCGACGACAGGUGGCGAACCGCAUCAGCAGCAGCAGCAGAGAGGCACGCUGGAAAAGAGCUUGAAAAAACAUUCGGCCUUGAUCAACGCUCUCAGCUGGAAGCGGUUCAGCACGUCUCAAAACAAAAAGAAGCUGGACAAUGGUGGCACAGCCGGAGUCGGCGGUGUCAAAUCCAAGCAACUGUUGGGAGGUCGGCAACCGUUGGUGGACACCAACGCCAACGUCGACUGUGUUGGCCGGUCUAAUGGCGUCCGCCGGUCGGCCACCACGACUGGGCUGGACGUGGCCAACAACAACAGUGGCGGCGUCGACAAACUGGUGCCCAGGGCCACGCUGGUGCCGUCGCACACGUGCCACAACCUUGUGCCCCGGAAAACCAUCAUACAGGCAAGCACGUCCGAGCUGCUCAAGUGCCUGGGCAUCUACUUGCACCACAAGUGCUACAAGCUCAACGAUUUCCAGGCCGGCGACGCGGUCAUGUGGUUAAGGACGGUGGACAGGAGUCUACUAAUACAGGGAUGGCAGGACGUGCCGUUCAUAAACCCGGCAAACGUGGUGUUCGUUUACAUGCUGGUCCGAGAGCUGGUCGACGAGCGUGUGGCCACGGAACCGGAACUCCAAGCCGUGGUGCUCACGUGCUUGUACUUGGCGUACUCGUACAUGGGCAACGAGAUAUCGUAUCCACUGAAACCGUUCCUGGUCGAGGACAGCCGGGACGCGUUCUGGGACCGGUGCCUGGGCAUCGUCCGCGCCAUGUCGGCCAAGAUGUUGCGUAUCAACGCCGAGCCCGCGUACUUCACGGAGAUCUUCAGCGAGCUCAAGGCUUGCGGCACGCUCAACUCGGUGUUGCAGACGGCGUGA